AUGACCAAGAAACGGAAAGAGAAAGAGCCACAGCGCGAGCGUGAGUUGGGGAAGUCAAUUUUACCAUUCUCAAGAGUGCAGAAGAUAAUCAAAGCGGACAAGGAACUUCCAAUAGUCGCGCGCGACGCGACUUUCUUAAUCUCACUUGCCACCGAGGAAUUCAUCAGAAGACUUUCAGAGGCAUGCCAGAAGCUUGCGGAGCGGGAGAAGCGGACAACUGUGCAGCAGAAGGAUGUUGCAAGUGUGGUGCGGCGAGCAGAUGAAUUUAUGUUCCUCGAGGAGAUCAUCGCUUUUCAACGCACGGAACCUCCACAAAAACGCAGACCUAAAGCAUUACAGAAUGCGGAGAGUGAACCUACGAUGCUCGAUAAGUUUAUCACUAGAGGAGAGGAGAGUCAGGAACUGGAUAAUACACCCCCUCCAGAUGUUAUCAUGGACGAAGAUGGGAUAAUGUAUACAGCAUAA